AUGAUCCAGUGCCUCGAAAUUAAGAUCAACCAUCGUCAUGCAAGCAUCUCCAUCAGGAAACCAAACCAAACUGCCGGGAGAGUGCAGCCGGAGCCGGAGCCUGACACGUACUACAACGCAGAAGAAGUCCCAUCUCCAGGCUUUGUCGAGAAAGAGGCUACGCCGCUUACUAAAGAAGAAAUGAACAAAUUGAGGAGUAUGGUGCAGCAGAUUGGGCCCGAUAAUCCCCUUUACGAGGACGCCCCAAAGUUCUACUCAAGGACGAGACAACUAGUCAUCAUUCGAACAAAUACGAACACAAGGAGGCAGAAGAAAAUUAGAACAAGAGAAGCAGCUUUUCAGACACUCCUUUGGGACCUUUACCGAGCGUACGAUAAAGGGUUCGUGGCUGGAGCAGAUGCGGAUAAAUACAAUCUCCAAGCAGAUCAUUAUAGAAAUCAGCUUAACGAGAUAAGUCGAGAUGUCAAAAAGAAGCUGUUGCUGUCCGAAGGCGACUUUGAAAUAACUGUUGAGGCUGCUGGUACGGGUCCUUCACGCAGAUACCGAGCCGUCGUAAAAAACAAGAGUUACCCGCUGAAAACCCACCAUGUCGAAAGCGAGAGUGAAGCAUUGGACCAGAUGCUGAAUAAGACAAUCGGCGACGCGCUAAAGGAGCGCAGAAAAUGCCUCUACUCCGUUUAA